GGAGCAGCGCGGGAUGCGAGUGCGGGAGGCAUGAGCUCGCGGCCGGGGCCCUAGCGUGUACUGCUGCUCCCGGGCUGGCGGGGCCUCGGGGGGUCAUGAAGCCGGACGCAGCGCGCGAGCCCGAGCCGCUGAGCCCCGGCCGGGGCGCGGAGGCCGAGGGGCGCUGGCGCGAGAGGGGCGAGGCGGACACGGAGCGGCAGCGCACCCGCGAGCGCCAGGAGGCCACGCUGGCGGGGCUGGCGGAGCUGGGAUACCUGCGGCAACGCCAAGAGCUGCUGGUGCGCGGUGCGCUGCGCUGCUCCGGGACCGUGGGGACCGUCGCGCCGCGCGCCGGGGAGCUGCGGGGGGACGCGGCGCAGCGCAGCCGCCUGGAGGAGAAGUUCCUGGAAGAGAACAUCUUGCUGCUGCGAAGGCAGUUGAAUUGUUUGAGGAGAAGAGACGCGGGUUUGUUGAAUCAGUUGCAAGAACUUGACAAGCAGAUAAGUGACCUGAGACUGGAUGUGGAGAAGACUUCUGAAGAGCACCUGGAGACAGACAGCCGGCCUAGCUCAGGGUUUUAUGAGCUGAGUGAUGGAGCUUCUGGCUCCCUCUCUAACUCCUCGAACUCCGUGUUCAGUGAGUGUUUGUCCAGUUGCCAUUCCAGCACCUGCUUCUGCAGCCCCUUGGAGGCGGCCUUGACCAUCUCAGAAGGUUGCCCCAAAUCUGCAGAUGUGAAUCCUAAAUACCAGUGUGACCUUGUGUCUAAAAACGGGAAUGACGUAUAUCGCUACCCCAGUCCACUUCAUGCUGUGGCUGUGCAGAGCCCAAUGUUUCUCCUUUGUCUGACGGGCAACUCUCUGAGGGAAGAGGAGGGGCUUGGGAACCAUGCCAGCGACAUCUGCAUUGGAUCUGAACUGAACGCCACCAAAACAGACAAUUCCCUGACAUCUCCAAGCAGUUUGUGGUCCGCUUCCCAUCCUGCAUCCAGUAAGAAAAUGGAUGGGUACAUUCUGAGCCUCGUGCAGAAGAAAACACACCCUGUAAGGACCAAUAAACCUAGAACCAGUGUGAACGCUGACCCUACCAAGGGCCUUCUGAGGAAUGGAAGUGUGUGUGUCAGGGCCCCUAGUGGCGUCCCACCGGGCAGCAGUGUGAACCUCAAGAAUACAAAACAGAUGUGUUUGCCCGCUGGGGGAAUAACCUCUUUGGAAAACGGGCCAUUCUCCCCUCCUAAGCAGAGGUCCAAAGACUCAAAGACAGACCAGUUAGAAAGCAAGAGGUUGGCUCUGCCGGAGAGCUGCUCGGCAGGCGUCGCCAUGGAACCCCAAAGCAAGCAUCUGCCCAAAGCCGCCAAGGCAGCCUCUCAAGAGCUCACAAGGUGUCAAGCCGGGCUGGGGGAAUCCAUGAAGGAAAGCAAUCAGGCCUCCGCUGUUUCUCCUAAAACAAGUCCUGGCAGAGGCCCUGUCGCCCCCGCAGAGAGCAAAGUCCUGCAGCUCCCGAAAAAGAUGUCGCAGAAGAACAGCCUCCAGGCUGUGCCCGCACUGGACAGGCCGGCCUUGGACUUCAAAAGCGAGGGCUCGUCUCAAAGCCUCGAGGAAGGGCAUCUGGUGAAAGCUCAGUUCAUUCCGGGGCAGCAGGCGGCCGCCAGGCCUCACCGUGCACACAGGAACCCGGGUGUCGCAAGGAGCGCCACCUUGAAGGCCCGCGGCCAGGCAGCCAUGGAACACGGCCUGCCCACCGUCAGGGAGAAACCGCGGGCGGCAGGCAAGAAGUGCCGUUUCCCAGACGACUCGGAUACAAAUAAGAAACUCAGGAAGACCUCCGCCAAGAGCCGGCGCAGUGGCGGGCUGCAGGACGCUGGCCUUCCCGGCAGGGCCCUGGGCACCGGCGGCCAUCGGGCGGGUAGCAGGGCGCACGCGCAUGGCCGGGAGCCGGUGGUGGCCAAACCGAAGCACAAGCGAACCGACUACCGGCGGUGGAAGUCGUCGGCCGAGGUCUCCUACGAAGAAGCCCUGCGGAGGGCCCGGAGGGCUCGCAGGGAGCAUGGGGCUGCCUACCCGGUGGCUGUGGCCCUGCCGUACGCCAGCCCCUAUGCCUACGUGCCCAGCGACUCCGAGUACUCGGCGGAGUGCGAGUCGCUCUUCCACUCCACGGUGGUGGACACCAGCGAGGACGAGCAGAGCAACUACACCACCAACUGCUUCGGCGACAGCGAGUCCAGCGUGAGCGAAGGCGACUUCGUGGGCGAGAGCACCACCACGAGCGACUCGGAGGAGAGCGGGGGUUUAAUCUGGUCCCAGUUUGUCCAGACUCUCCCGAUUCAAACGGUCACAGCCCCAGACCUCCACACCCGUCCCACAAAAACCUUUGUCAAAAUCAAGGCCUCGCACAACCUCAAGAAGAAGAUCCUCCGCUUCCGCUCUGGCUCUUUGAAACUGAUGACUACCGUUUGAGUAGCUGAUGUAGCGAGUGUCUUCUCCUCCCCCUAGUCUCUGAAAAAAAGAAAAAAGAAAAAGGUGUUGUCUUAAUAUUUGUGUCUUACUUAAGUGGAAUACUUUCCUUUCACUAGGAUAAACCCAAGAUAAAUUAUGUCUCGCGGUCAUGUAUGGACGCUAGUGCCUUUAAUGGAAGGUGAAGGAUGUAUCGCUAGUUAGAAGUGAAUAUUGAGGUCUUAGUGGUGGUGAUAGUGAAUGCAUUUUGAUUAUCAGAUGUUUCGUCCGAGUGUCUGACCAAGUACAGGUGUGUGAUGUUCAAGUUUUAUUUGGAUGAGACCUUUUGUUUCCAAGGUCCGUGGAUAAAAAUUUUAAGCCGUGAACUCGCUCCUUGAUCCUUUAGGGUUUUGUCCCUGAAAGGGCUUUCAGGUUGAGGGGCAUCGUAUACAAUUGUGUAGAGUAGGUAGAAAAAAACAAACAAACAAACAAGCAAAACAGUCAUUGCUUUCUGUAAAUUUUUUAUAUAGUCAACACUCUACGAUGUCUCUCCAUCCUAUUUUCUUCUUAGAAGUACACUUUUUACUGGAUUUAGAACUUAGUAGACCAGACUUUUAAUCUGGAGGUGGUAAACUGGAUAGGGAGACUGAUAGGACCUUAAAAGGAUUCACAAAAACCUUUGCCACCUGUAGUGCCUCAGCUUUCGUUACAGUAGUCCUUUCAUGGGCCAUAUAUCCAGCAGUUUUUGAUGCCUUUCUAUCUCUCUGCUCCUAAUUUGUAGCCAAUACAACUGUUUGUCCCUUAGAGGGCUUGCCUUUGGGAUAAAGUGUUGGUCCCUUGGCGCAAAGAAAUUCCCCCUUACUGGGCUUGACUCCAAGCCCAAACAGAAUUGCUCUCACCAAGCACUGACCUGAACAGUAGUGCAGUUCAGCCCUCACCGGACCGCUGACUUAUCUGGAAGGGCAUUACAUUUUUUUAAAAAAGCUUUUGGUAAACAGUAUUGUGUAAAAUAGAGUUUUUAAAAUACUGAUCUAUGCAUGUUUUGUGCAUGAGUAGUCGUUCCUUGGAUUCCUGUUUUGAUAUUCCUGUUGUUGAAUUACUGUAUGAUAUAAACAGUAUGUGUUUUAUAUAUAUAUCAUUGUGUAAAUUUAAUAUAACACAUUAUAUGCUGUACUAAAUGAUUUGUUUUAUUGCUGUUAAACUUUGUUAUUUGUUAUAAAAACCAGAUGUUUACACCUAUAAA